AUGGCGAGGGCCUGGGAUGCCGUCUCAUCGGACCCCAUAGUUGGCACCGAUCAGACCGAGACAAGCUUUUGGAUGCGCGUCCUGUUGGUCUACAACGAGUUCAAGCCGAGAGGCCCCAAACCGCGUGACGCGAAACAGAUCCGCAAAAAGUGGUCUAGGAUUCUGAUAGCCACUAGGAGGUUCGCGGGCAUAUACCAGAACAACCUGCUCACUGCUGAGAAUGGCGACAGCGAAGCCGACGUGAAGGAUCUGUCUAUGUCCCAAUUCAACAUUGAAGGUUUUCCUAAGUUCACUUCCUGGGAGAAGUAUCUCGUCCUCGAGAACUGCCCGAAAUUCAAGGCCAUCUGUGCGGAGGAGCGGGAUGCUCCUAGGGCGAAGCGAACUAGACACAAUAGAGUCGGGGACUACAGCAGCGGCAGCAGCUCAAAAUCAAUCGACCUCAACGACGCCUAA